AUGACGAAACUGUCUCACGUAAAGACCACCCCAGAAAAGGAAGACCAAGAGUCACCUCUGCUGCUGAGGAUAAAUUUAUCCAAGUCAUCAGCCUCAGAAAUUGCAGCCACUCUGUGUGGGGAACAUGAGAGCCAGACCAAAGCUCAGAGGAACCCACCUGGACCUCCACCCAGGAGGUUGUCUUUAAAGAGUGACGCUUCUAAAGAAUAUCGGAAUAAUUUUAAAGCCCAGCAGACAUCUAAUCAAAAGAGGAUCUAUGGUAGACCUGCUGGACCUGAACCUGUAUCUGAACCCAGCUGUGUGUCCUUAAAGAGUGACUGGUCUAAUCCACAUAAAACUAAUUUUAAAGUCCAGUCUCUGUCUGCUGCAGAGAGAGUGGAACUGGAGAGAUCAGAGGUUCCCAGUGGUCAGUCUGCCCAGCAGCAUCAAACACAGCUGGACUCCAUAUUUAUGCUGCUGGAGGACAACAUCAUCACUUUUGUGAAGAACGAGCUGAAAAAGAUCAAGAAGGUUCUUAGUCCAGAAUUCCCAGAAUGCUUAGAGAGUCAGAGCGAGGAUGAUGAGCAGAGGAGCAGCAGCAGCAGAGAGGGAUUUGUGAAGAUCACAGUGGACUUCUUAAGGAGAAUGAAGCAGGAGGAGCUGGCUGACCGUCUGCAGAGCAAACAUCUGGCUGAAGUUUGUCAACUUAACCAUAAAUCUGCUCUGAAGAAGAAGUUCCAGUGUGUGUUUGAGGGGAUUGCUAAAGCAGGAAACCCAACCCUUCUGAAUGAGAUCUACACAGAGCUCUACAUCACAGAGGGAGGGACUGAAGAGGUCAAUGAUGAACAUGAGGUCAGACAGAUUGAAACAGCAUCCAGGAAACCAAACAGACCAGAAACAACCAUCAGACAAGAAGACAUCUUUAAAGCCUCACCUGGAAGAGAUGAACCAAUCAGAACAGUGCUGACAAAAGGAUGGGCUGGCAUUGGGAAAACAGUCUUAAUACAGAAGUUCAGCCUUGACUGGGCUGAAGCCAAAGCCAACCAGGACAUCCAGUUCAUAUUUCCAUUCACUUUCAGAGAGCUGAAUGUGCUGAAAGAGGAAAAGUUCAGCUUGGUGGAACUUGUUCAUCACUUUUUUACUGAAACCAAAGAAGCAGAAAUCUGCAGCUUUGAAGACUUCCAGGUUGUGUUUAUCUUUGAUGGUCUGGAUGAGUGUCGACUUCCUCUGGACUUCCACAAAACUGCAAUCCUAACUGACCCUAGAAAGUCCACCUCAGUGGAUGUGCUGCUGAUAAACCUCAUCAGUGGGAACCUGCUUCCCUCUGCUCGCCUCUGGCUAACCACACGACCUGCAGCAGCCAAUCAGAUCCCUCCACAGUGGCUUGGCAGGGUGACAGAGGUCAGAGGAUUCACUGACCCACAGAAAGAGCAGUACUUCAAGAAGAAAUUCAGAGAUGAGGAGCAGGCCAGCAGGAUCAUCUCCCACAUCAAGACAUCACGAAGCCUCCACAUCAUGUGCCACAUCCCAGUCUUCUGCUGGAUCACUGCUACAGUUCUGGAGGAUGUGCUGGAAACCAGAGAGGGAGGACAGCUGCCCAAGACCCUGACUGAGAUGUACAUCCACUUCCUGGUGGUUCAGGCCAAAGUGAAGAAGGUCAAGUAUGAUGGAGGAGCUGAGACAGAUCCACACUGGAGUCCAGAGAGCAGGAAGAUGAUGGAGUCUCUGGGAAAACUGGCUUUUGAUCAGCUGCAGAAAGGAAACCUGAUCUUCUAUGAAUCAGACCUGACAGAGUGUGGCAUCGAUAUCAGAGCAGCCUCAGUGUACUCAGGAGUGUUCACACAGAUCUUUAAAGAGGAGAGAGGACUGUACCAGGACAAGGUGUUCUGCUUCAUCCAUCUGAGUGUUCAGGAGUUUCUGGCUGCUCUUCAUGUCCAUCUGACCUUCAUCAACUCUGGACUAAAUCCUCUGGUAGAACAACAUACAACAUCCCAGAAUUCUGAAACAAAAGAAUCUGCAGAGACUCUCUUCUACCAGAGUGCUGUGGACAAGGCCUUACAGAGUUCAAAUGGACACCUGGACUUGUUCCUGCGCUUCCUUCUGGGUCUUUCACUGCAGACCAAUCAGAAGCUCUUACGAGGCCUAUUGACACAGACAGGAUGUAUUUCAGAAACCAAUAAGGAAACGGUCCAGUACAUCAAGAAGAAGCUUAAUGAGAAUAUGUCUGCAGAGAAAAGCAUCAAUCUGUUCCACUGUCUGAAUGAACUGAAGGAUCACUCUUUAGUGGAGGAGAUCCAACAGUCUCUGAGAUCAGGAAGUCUCUCCACAGAUAAACCAUCUCCUGCUCAGUGGUCAGCUCUGGUCUUCAUCUUACUGUCAUCAGACGAAGAACUGGAAGCAUUUGACCUGAAUAAAUACUCUGCUUCAGAGGAGGCUUUUCUGAGGCUGCUUCCAGUGGUACAAGCCUCUAACACAGCUCUACUGAGUGGCUGUAGCCUCUCAGAGAGAAGCUGUGAAACUCUGUCCUCAGUUGUGAGCUCUCAUUCCUCUAAUCUGAGACAGCUGGACCUGAGCAACAAUGACCUACAGGAUUCAGGAGUGAAGCUUCUGUGUGUUGGAGUCGCAAGUCAACACUGCAAACUAGAAACGCUAAGACUUACUGACUGUAACCUGACAGAGACAAGCUGUGAAGAUCUGUCCUCAGCUGUGAGCUCCCAGUCCUCUUGUCUGAGAGAGCUGGACCUGAGUAAUAAUGACCUACAGGAUUCAGGAGUGAAACUUCUGUGUGUUGGAGUAGCAAAUGAACACUGCAAACUCGAAAUUCUAAGACUAAGUGGCUGUAACCUGUCAGACCCAAGCUGUGAAGCUCUGUACUUAGUUAUCCACGCCCAAUCAUCUAGUCUCAGAGAGCUUGAUCUGAGUAACAACAACCUGCAGGAUUCAGCAUUGAAGAUACUGAAGACUCCAAACUCGACAAUUAUCAGGGUGGAGCCUGCUGGAGUCCAAUGGUUGAGACCAGGUCUGAGGAAGUAUUCCUGUCAACUCACAAUCAACACAAACACAGUACACACAAACCUCAAACUGUCUGACAACAACAGGAAGAUGACAUAUGUAAGGGAGUUUCAAUCAUAUCCUGAUCAUCCAGACAGAUUUGAUGUUUAUCCUCAGCUGCUGUGUAGAAAUAGUUUGAUUGGUCGCUGUUACUGGGAGGUUGAAUGGAGAGGAAGAGUUGAGAUAUCAGUGAGUUGCAGAAGAAUCAGAAAGAAAGGACGCAGUUAUGACUGUUUGUUUGGAAGGAAUGAUCAUUCCUGGAGUCUGUUGUGCUCUGAUGAUCGUCCUCGUUCUGUCUGGCACAAUAACAGACAAACAUCCAUCUCAUCCUCCUCCUCUGUCUCUAACAGAGUAGCAGUGUAUGUGGACUGUCCUGCAGGCACUCUGUCCUUCUACAGUGUCUCCUCUGACACUCUGAUCCACCUCCACACCUUCAACACCACAUUCACUGAAACUCUUUAUCCUGGGUUUAGAGUCUGGUCUGGAGGUUCGAUGUCUCUGUGUGCACUUGAGUGUAAAGAAUGUCCUCCAGUUAGAGAAACACUCUGAUUGUUGAACAGAUAGUUCAGUCUGUACAUGUCUGUCUCUGUCACUCACAAACACGUUGUCAGAUUCAUGGAUUCAAUCAGUUGAUGUUUUAAACUGUUCUAAAUGAUUCCUUGUAAAUGGCUUGCUCUUCAGUCCCUUAACCUCCUUGGACCUGGUGUCCACAUAUUUGGACAUCACAUUUUUCGUUGUCUUGGCCAAAAUACAACAUUUUGCUCCUCAAGGGCCUAAUAUCCACUCACGAGGACAUUAUACUGGCUCUAUGUUAUCAAAAUGUAAAACUAUCCUCAUGUGGCUCUCUCGUUUUUCCUAGAAACAAAAAUCAGGUAAAACAAAAACUGGUGAUUCUUUGGGACCCAAUGAAUGUAAAAACAAUCAGCCCAAAUAUCAUAGUGAAAUUAAAAAUGUAUGCCAUGGAAGAAUUUGGGUCUUAAGAGGUUAAAGAUGGAAGGUACAAUUAUUCCCGGAUCCACAUUUUAUUUUUAUUUUUCUGCUAACUCGCUGUGAAAAUUUGUGUGUCUCUGAAGCUCCGUUCACAACCUUUAUAUUUCCGUGUUCAACAAGCGUGUUCUGAGCACAUUUAAAUGAAUGCAAAUGUUUGAUUUCUCUUUCUUAAUGUAAUUUUUCUAUCUUGACUGAAUAAGUGGACAUCCAAUUGUACUCAGUGUAUAAAAUAUUAAAGAGACUGAGCAUCUCUCA